GACCAACGAUUUUUACUAAUCCACCCAACAGCCAAAGCGCUCAAGAUGUCGUCGUCGGCAGCUCCUACGACUAAGACCUUUGGCAAGUCGUCUCGGACGAUCCCUCACCCGUCCGAGAAGGCUCAGAAAUGGUACCCUGCUGAGGACGAGGCCAAGCCUCGCCAGGUCCGCAAGGCCGUCCGCCCCUGGGGUCCUCGCAGCUCCCUCCAGCCCGGCACCGUUCUGAUCCUGCUCGCUGGUCGGUUCCGCGGCAAGCGUGUCAUUCUUCUCAAGAACCUCGACCAGGGUGUCCUGCUGGUCACUGGGCCCUUCAAGAUCAACGGUGUUCCUCUUCGUCGCGUCAAUUCGAGAUACGUCAUCGCCACAUCCCUCAAGGUCGACCUGGCUGGCAUCGACGAGGCCAAGCUUGAGGAGAUUUCCCGGCCGAAGUACUUCACCGCGGAGAAAUCUAAGGAGAAAGCCAGCGAGGAGGCCUUCUUCAAGCAGGGAGAGAAGCCCCAGAAGAAGGAAGUCUCGAGCAGCCGGGCGGCUGACCAGAAGGCCGUCGACAAGGCUCUGAUUGCCAACAUCAAGAAGGUCGACAUGCUCGCCAGCUACCUUGCCACCUCUUUCAGCCUCCGCAAGGGCGACAAGCCUCACCUGAUGAAGUGGUAGAGGGUUGGUUAGCAGGGCGUGGGCGUGAUGGGUGGUCGAUGGCGCGGUUUACGGUUAUGGCUUGGCCAAUUGCAUUUGGACGUUUGACGGUUCUCGGUCCAUUACGGCGUCUGUAAUGAGGGUUUACAGUCAUCAAGAUCCCACAAUCACCGGGCUCUUCACAGGAUCGGAUAUCCAUGAACAACAACUGGGUUUCGGAGCAAAUGGGGAUGCCGCUGGUGAUUUGUUCAUGGGAUAACCGUGACUUUGCGCUGGAUGGCAGGGCAAAUACAACCAGGCACAACAAAGACAACCCCGAAUCUAGUGCGAAUUAGAUCACUGGAGACACCAGGGGAGAUGAACAAGAAGUACAUCGAGCUCAAUACCGCGGAGUUCCAGAUUUCA